GCAAAGGAGAAGAGAGGCUGGACCCUGAACAGCGCCGGCUACCUGCUGGGCCCGCAUGCCGUCGACAACCACAGAUCAUUUAGUGACAAGCACGGCCUCGCUGGCAAGAGGGAGCUCCAGCCAGAUGGCGACAUGCAGACAGGAAGCUUUGACAGGUCAUUGCCUGAGAACAACAUUGUGCGCACCAUAAUUGAGUUUCUGACUUUCUUACAUCUCAAAGAGGCCGGGCUCCUAGGCAGCCUGCCGGGCGUCCCCUCCGCAGGGUCCCCGGAGGACAUGGAGCAGUCCUGAGCCGCCACCUUUCCCAGUGUGGUCAUCUGUGUUGUGAUUUAAAGUCACACUAAGAUGAUAAACUUAUGCCAACUUCUGCGGAGUAAAUCACUUCUGUUCUCUGCUUUGAUGCUGUGUUGUUAUGACUUAAGUUUUUCCUUUUUUGUAAUUAUUUUGAGUGACAAAAUAAAAAAUAG